UAUGAGACGCAUCAACUUCCUGUUGGAAAUAAACAACUUUGACAUUGGCCUCGUUUCCAUCCGCCAAACAUGAGCAGCCUGACUUUAAACUCCCUGAGACAAAUAAUGAGAGCGAUGGUCGACCACUCGGGCUUCGACAGAGUCAUGAGCAAGGUGGACGUUGUGUCUGCGAGCCCCGGGAAGGUGGUGUGCGAGAUGCGCGUGGAGGAGGAGCACACAAACCGGGGAGGGACGCUGCACGGCGGGCUGACAGCCACCCUGGUGGACGUGAUCUCCACCAUGGCCAUUAUGUACAGUGAGAGGGGAGCCCCAGGGGUCAGCGUGGACAUGAACAUAACGUACAUGAAUGCUGCCAAGAUAGGGGAAGACGUCCUCAUCACUGCACAAGUUCUGAAGCAGGGGAAAACGCUGGCAUUUGCUACUGUAGAUCUCUCCAGCAAAACCUCAGGGAAACUCAUCGCUCAAGGACGACACACUAAACACCUCGGCAGCAGCUAAACCGUCUCUUCUAAUCAAAACUGUAUAAUUUACUGCUAAAACUUGGGAUUCUGAAUAUAUACAGAAUGUACUUGCACUAUUUUUUUGUUAGUACAUAAGUUUGCAGAACAACGUUAUGUUAUUUUUUUCUUACUUAUUUGUUUGCGUUGUUGUGAACAUUGAGCAGCAAAUGUUUAUUGUACAUGCAAUAAAGCCAGCUGGACAGA